CCCCGUGUUGUUGUUGAGCCGAAGUGAAUGCAGGCAGAGAGUGAGAGAGCUAAAGGAGCAAGGACGGCGAGGACCCUGGGCAGCCGAGCUUCGCGCCGCUGCUUAGCGGCUCGCCUUCCGCUUCUGGAACCUUCUCCACACUAGUACGGGAUUCGGGAGGAAAAUGAACUGAAAGGGAACGUGCCAGGGGAAGUGCAGUUGACAAAUUUGAAAAAUUCUCAACGUUGGAUCACAACCAAUUGAAGACUAAUCAAGGUGGAUAUGAACAGUAUAGAUGUAUCUGGCCUGUCUGAUUGAAGAUGAUUUUCCAAAAAGAAGAACUUCACAAAUAUGAACAGGUUAACCUGGGUACAUAACCUAUAAGAUCAUGUACUUUAUUUAUGCAUAUUUCACUCCAAAAUAACUUCACUGCUGAAAACAAUGGCAUCCUUUCAUGUGUGGAAGUUAUCCUCACAAAAACUAGGAUUUUUUCUGGUAACAUUUGGAUUCAUAUGGGGGAUGAUGCUUCUGCACUUUACCAUCCAACAACGGACACAACAUGAAAGCAGUACUAUGCUGCGAGAGCAGAUUCUGGACCUCAGUAAACGCUACAUCAAAGCAUUAGCAGAAGAAAACCAAAAUGUUGCUGAUGGGCCGUAUGUUGGCACGAUGACUGCAUAUGAUUUGAAGAAGACAUUGGCUGUCCUCCUUGACAACAUUUUGCAGCGCCUUGGAAAAUUGGAGUCUAAAGUGGACAAUCUGAUGAUUUCAAAUGGGACAGGAAUAAAUUCUACUAAUGCUACUACUACUGUGAGCCCCAGCUCUGGCACUGUUGAAAAAGUUAAUGUGGCAGAUCUAAUUAAUGGAGCCCAGGAACAGUGUGAAUUGCCUCCUAUGGAUGGUUUCCCUCACUGUGAAAGCAAAUUAAAGUGGAUGAAGACUAUGUGGCGGUCAGAUCCUUGCUAUGCCAGCUAUGGUGUGGAUGGGUCCAUAUGCUCAUUUUUUAUUUACCUCAGUGAGGUUGAAAAUUGGUGUCCCCCUCUGCCAUGGAGAGCAAAGAGCCCUCGGGAAGAGACAGACCAACAGAAUUUGGCUGAAAUUCGAACAGAUUUCAAUUACCUCUUUAAAAUGAUGUCGGCGCAUGACGAAUUUCGAUGGAUGCGGUUAAGAAUAAAUCGAAUGGCAAGUGCCUGGAUAGAAGCUGUAAAAUCACUUGCAGAAAAACAAAAUUUGGAAAUCAAACGUAAAAAGAUUCUUAUCCAUCUUGGCCUUUUGACAAAGGAAUCGGGAUUUAAGAUUGCAGAGAAUGCUUUCAGUGGUGGCCCUCUUGGUGAAUUAGUACAGUGGAGUGAUUUGAUUACAACUCUUUACCUGCUUGGCCAUGACAUUAGGAUUUCAGCCUCACUGGCUGAAUUAAAAGAGAUAAUGAAGAAAGUUAUGGGUAACAGAUCGGGUUGCCCUACUCGUGGUGAUAAGAUAGUAGAACUAAUCUAUAUUGAUAUUGUUGGAUUGACACAAUUUAAGAAAACACUCGGUCCAUCUUGGGUUCAUUAUCAGUGUAUGCUUAGGGUGCUGGAUUCAUUUGGUACAGAACCAGAAUUUAAUAGUGCUCAGUAUGCUCAGACUAAGGGUCACAAGACACCAUGGGGUAAAUGGAACCUCAACCCACAGCAGUUCUACACAAUGUUUCCUCACACACCUGACAACAGCUUUCUAGGAUUUGUGGUUGAACAACAUCUCAAUGCCAGUGAUAUUAGUCACCUUGAUGAUAUUAAAAGACAGAAUCAGUCUCUUGUAUAUGGCAAGGUGGAUCAUUUUUGGAAGGACAAAAGGUCUUACUUGGAUAUAAUUCACAGUUACACAGAAGUCCAUGGCACAGUUCAUGGAACUAGCACAGUCCAUAUUCCUAGCUAUGUGAAAAACCAUGGGAUACUGAGUGGACGUGACCUACAGCUUCUCCUAAGGGAAACAAAGUUGUUUGUUGGCCUUGGUUUUCCAUAUGAAGGACCGGCUCCUCUAGAAGCCAUUGCUAACGGGUGUACUUUCUUAAAUCCACGGUUUAAUCCACCUAAAAGCAGUAAGAACACUGAAUUUUUCAAAGGCAAGCCAACACUCAGAGAGUUAACUUCGCAGCACCCAUAUGCUGAGGUAUUUAUUGGAAAACCUCAUGUCUGGACUGUUAAUAUUGAUGACCCUGUAGAAGUGGAACAUGCGGUGAAGGCUAUACUUAAUCAGAAGAUUGAACCAUAUUUGCCCUAUGAAUUCAACUGUGAAGGAAUGUUGCAGAGAGUCAGCGCUUUUAUUGAAAAUCAGGAUUUCUGCCACGGUCAAGUAAUGUGGCCUCCACUGAGUGUGCUCCAAGUUAAAAUUGCGGCUCCCAGGCAAUCUUGUAAGCAAAUCUGUCAAGAGGAUAAGCUCAUAUGUGAACCUUCCUUCUUUCAACAUCUGAACAAAGACAGUGACUUGCAAAAGUAUGGAAUUGAAUGCUUGUCAUUUGAAUCUGUGAAUGAUAUUGUCGUUCCGGCAUAUGAUGAAAGCAAGAAGCGCUGCUUUUUCCAGAAUGAUUUGCUGCUCUUCAGCUGUGCAGGUUCAAAUGGAAACCAUAAGAGGAUCUGUCCAUGCAGAGACUAUAUGAAAGGACAAGUUGCCCUGUGUCAAGAAUGUGUAUAGCAUAAUGUGUAUAGCUUAUCCCUACACAAAGUAGAUUGUGCAUAAAGGCAGGGGAUAGUAGGUCUUCAUAAGGACCAAACAUUUGGUCAUUAAAUUUUGAAAGAAUCCCUCAAAAAGAAUAAUGAAGGAAAAUUUGUUUCUAUUUAAAAGUGUAGUAUUCAUUUGAAGAGAAUAAAUAUUAGCCAGUCCUUGGUGAACAUGUUAAUAAGGAAAUAUAAUCUAGCCAGUGGAAAGAACAAGCAAAAAAAAAACCAUGAUGGACUAUUCAGGUUUUCUUAAAUGACUUCUUGUCUACAACAAACUUUUUUUUUGAGAAAGGUUGGUAAACAGACGUAAGUUGAGGGUAUACUGGUAAAUAUUCAGAAAAACAUGUUACAAAUAGAAAAUGAAAAAUUGAGGUCGGUUAAAUAGCCAGUAGUAAAUUAUGUUGGGUAAUUGAACACACUGUAAGAAGCUGCUUAGUAAGAUCUGGUUUACUCUUAGUUCAGCAAAAGUCCAAAUAUACAACCCCAACGAAAUGGCUUACUUUCAGUUUUGAAAAGAUCUUCUACAAUGUCCCAUUGUAAUCAAGCCACAGAUAAAAGUAGAGAACCCUGGUAGUUAUAUUUUCAAGCGUGUUUUCCUUUUAGACAUGACUAGUAGUAUCAGUUAUUUAGAGUAAAGAUCAUAUGCAGAUGUAGCUGGCAGUAAUGACUGCUUGAAAUACUUAAUACUAGUUGUUUUAAAUCAUCGCUUGAGUUUUGAUUUAAACUUGAAUUUUUAAAAAUGGAAUUGUUGGAGUGAAACGAAAUAGAAAGGAUUCCCAGAAGAUAUUUGUAACAGUGUUAUUAAUAUUUUUGGCUUUAUUGGACAUCAGUAGGAUACUGGCAGUAUUAUCAACUAACUGCCCUAUAUAGCCAGUGUCAACUGAUCCUAAUUAGAUUUAUUUCAGACCAUGAGUAAAUUAGUUUAACGGACAUUUUAAGUAGCAACCUCUUGUUCAAAAAAUAAUUGCUAUUGUAAUUUGUAUAGAAACAUCCUGAUGUAAACUGUUUUUAAAAAACCUCUUUGUAUAAUCAUAUCAUGUUUACUAUACAGGUGAAGUGGAAUUUCAUAUGUUUGCACUUUUUUUCAGGCUCAGGAGUGUAUACAUUUUAGGACAUUAACCCUUUUUAGCCACAAACAGCAAAUAAGCAACAAUAUAGUUUCAAUUAAAUAUCCUUGUCACCAAAUUGUUUGGAUAAGUUACAAAACCUGAGUAGAAACAUAAUCAUUGCUCUCCAAAUUAUUUAAUUGUAGCAAAAUGUUUGAUCAGAUGAUCAGGAAUCAUUUAACAAAGUAACUUAAUGUAUCAAUAAUUGUAACUUAAGUUCUAUUUUGCAGAAAUACUUCAAAUAUAACGUUUAAUUUUUCUUUACACAAAAUACAGGCUGAUGGUGAUUUGAAAUUAUUGUAGACCAUUAGUGACUAAUGUGACUUUCACAACUAUCAGCAGGGUUAAUUUAAGAUGACUGGCAUUGAUCAUAUCGUGAACAUAAGGUAUCACUAUGAUGGUUAAUUAUAAUGGUGCUGUUGAAAAAUGAUUUUUUUAAAAUCUUUUAGAACAUUUGAUACACAAUUUGCAUAUAUUCAUUUCAGAUUUAAAAUUCAACAAUUAUUUUAGUAUCCCAGAUUAUUUCAUUGAUUUCCAUUAUGUGAAUGAGGUGUGUCAAUCAAUGAUGGAGAAGUACAUGUUUGCAGUAAAGGAUGAUUUUUAAAAGAAAAGAUUAAUCAUUGUUUAAAAAAAAUCGUGGCUUUUGGAAAUGAAAAAUCAGUGACAUAUAGUUAACCUACAGCAGCUAAACCUCAUUAACAGCAGAUUUAUCCAAACAAGUUUGCACAUUUGUAUAUAAAAAAAACAUAAUUUAAUUUUUUAGGUGCUCUGUAACUUGCUUUGCUUUUGUGUUGUGCUUGUAAAUAUUAAACAUUUCCUGUAGCUAAGAUGCCAUGUAUUGUAAAUUAUGUGCCUUUUUAAGGGUAAUAAAGUUGCUUUAUCAACUUAUAUAAAAAUACUAUAUAUACACUUCAUAGCAGUCAAAAUUUCAACCAAAUACAUAGUGUUGUGAAGUAAGAAAACAGUUUUCCUGUAUAUUUGAAAAAGUGGCAUAUAUCGAAAUGAGGUGUGCUUUGAAAGCUGCACUUGCAAGCUUGGAAAUUGUUUCCACAGUUUUGAUGAGCAGGAAAAAAAUUUAUUUUUCAAUAAAUCUUUUCAGUGAAGAGAAUUUCUUCCA